AUCGUCGUGUGAUCGGUGGUUGGAAAAUCCACUAUAUAAGCCUUCUUUAUCCAGUCAAAAUGGGCCGCAUUUAAAUGUGUUUUAGAAAAUUAAUGGUACCUUUAUAACAAUAUACCAUAGCCUACUUGAAAUUUCAAAAAUAGUUAAUUAAUCAGUCCUGUUGAUAAACUUUGUUUGUUUGUUUGAUAACCUACUUUCGGUUUGCAUUCCUCUUGCCCUCUUGCCAUCGGCCAUUUUGCUUUCUAUUACCAUGAUUACCGUGAUGAUGUUGAAAGAUACUGUAGAAUAAACUGAUGUUGGCGCUGCGAAAUUUGUAAAAAUGAGACUUUGGAUCAUUGGAGUUAAUGACACGUACAACAGAACCAUAAGUUGUUUAUGAGAAUUAACAGCUAUACAAGUCUCUCCAAUUAAGUUAUUGAUGUCUCUUGAUUCAGGUAUUGGAUCUCUUGAUAUGUCCUCAGGGUGCUCUGAUGAAUUAGUUGCGAGAAGAUUAUUUGUGUUCAUAAAAGACAAUCUUAUUUUUGAGUCUCUCCAAGAUGGAUUAAUGCAAAAAAAGUUAUUAAGUGAGAGAGAAAAGGAAGAAUAUGUCUGUUCAAAUUGUGCCAGGCAUUACUGGAGUGAAAGACUCCUUAAACUGAUUAUCAGGAAGAAAAGAUGUAAAGAAUUUGUUGCAUUCAUAUGUCAAAUGUCCUGUCAUAAGCAUGUCUCAGAGAAAAUUCUGGAGGUUCAGGAAAAAGCUAAAGGAGAGACACUGAAGGCAGCAAAUGGUGCUGUGCAGAGAAGACUUAAUUUAACACUCACACAUGAAUUGCUGCAGAGACAUUUUGCUUGUCUUUACAUGGAGCUUGAGCCAAGAGAAAUUGCGGACGAAAUGUUUCAAGCAGGCCACUUGACUGUCUUUGACCAUGAUAAUGUCACAGAAUCUAACCAAAGAUAUAAGCGACUGAGUUUUCUUCUUAAUAUUUUGAUGAAAAAAGAAUUGUAUGCACAAUUAGUGUGUACACUGCAAUCCUUGGGGUAUAGGUCUGUUCUGGACACCUUGCAAAAAGAUAGAAAAUUAAAGAACAAACCCUCUGAAUACUCAACUUGCAUACAACAUAACUUUACUCUCCUCCAAGAGAAUAUCCCUUGCUUUGGCGAUGCAAGAUUCCUUAUGGAACAUGAGCUUGAUCCGACAAACAUCUCGGACAUAGAAAGCUGUAAAAAUGCAGUCCGCAAGAUAUCCAAACUACUGAAAAUACUGUUGAUAAGAGGGAAAUCUGCUUGCAAGGAAUUUUUCAGGGUAAUGGAAGUGGAUUUGAAAAGCGAAGACUUAAUACAGAAAAUGAAAUAUAAAAGUGCAGAAAUUAAACGGAGAGGUAAGCCUAAUUUGAAUCAAAGACAUAGAAGUCUAAGAACACCAUGUCUUCAAGAACAUGAAGAAUUUUUAAAUGAGGAGCUUGAGCCUUUAGAUAUAAGUGACCUAUUGUUUGAAGAGGGAGCCAUGGAGAUUUCUGCUCAUGACAAAAUUACAGAGACUAGCAGGCGGCAGAAACAGAUGAAAUAUCUCCUAGAAACAGUGAAUGGGAACGAAAAUGACUGCUUCCAUUUUUUCCUGUACAUUUUACAAAAAGAAGGGUAUGAAAGUAUUUUAGAAGAGCUCAAGAAGUCUGCCCCGGGAGCUGUAGGAGCAGUGCCACAUGAACAAUCAGAAAACUUGAGAUUAUCACUCAGGGUUGCAAGAGAACCAGAUGAUGUAGUAAAUGGAGAUAUACACAUGCGAUUGUCAGUAGGGGGUCGAACUGGAACUCAGGUGGAACAAGUGUUACAAGAUAGUCAUUCCUCUAGUACUGAGAUCCUGGAGGAAGCCAUUUUGCAUGGGGUAGUCGACAUUAGAGGUGUUUCUUCUGGUUCCAUUGUACUUCAGUUGAGACCAGUGACUGACCAAGCAGUUCAAACUUUGCUCAAUGUCAGAGACAACAACAGAUUAGUGGAAAUGAUUGUUGGAAUGCUUAAAAAGGUCAAUAUUGCCAGUAUGAUGGAUGGAACAGAACCACUGGAAAUCAAGGUGCAGGUUUAUAAAGCAAACCCUGUGGGUAAAAUUUCAAAGGCAGAAGAUGCAGAACCGAUCAAAAAGCGAUUAAAAGCCCACAGGAAUGUACUGGUCUCUGAGUUAGAGCCCAGGGCUAUAGCUCAUGUACUAUCCAAAUCUAAAGCCUUUGCUAAAAGUGCCAUAGACUCUGUUCUUAAUGCUGAUAGCUGUAAUGAUAGAGUUGAAAAUCUUUUGUCCUUGGUUGAGGAUGGUGAUUUUGAGGUUGUGAAGGAGUUUGUGACUGCCUUGAAGGAUCUUGGUUAUAGUAGUAUUGUGGAGUUGAUUGAUCCACCUGACAUUCACAACAGAGCAGAAAAUAUAAGGAAAAUGAUUACGUCUAAUUACAAAAAUAUCCUGGAGGAAAUGCAGAUGAAAUUAGCCAAAGAAACAUUGUCAAAAUGCGUUGGAGAUGUUGAUGAAAUUAGAGAGAAAAUUUUGCCAAAAAAUGGAAACCGUAAAAAGAGGAUGAGUAGCUUUCUUCAGUUCAUUCUCCAAGACGAUCACAAUGUGAUUGAAUUUGAGAAAAUGUUGAGGAACAAUGAUUUGGAGGACCUUCUGAAAAUAGAUGAAAAUGUUCAGGGAGAGCAUAUACCUACACAAGGCAUAGAAUUGACGUUUGUUGAAGACCGAAUCCAUUCAUCCUCAGAGGGAGUCCUCUUUGAGGCAGUUAUCACCUUGUCACAAACUGUAAAAAGUGACAGAAAAAUCCAACAAAAAGUCGGCAAAGUAUUGGAGGAAACAGGAGGCCAACAGGGGGAAACUGGAGCAAAGCAGCUGGAUAUUGACUUUGAGAAGAUGCAUCUUGAUGAAUCACCACCACGACCACAGAGACUAGACAUGACACCUACUAGCCCAGACAUUCCACUAAAAGGAAAUGAGAGUAUAAGUUCUGUUUCAUCUUCAACAUCUCUUAAAUCCAUUAUUUCUGAUGCAGAGGAAGAUAAGAAUCCCGGUAAAACUUUCACCAAAAAUGUUCCGUCAUUGAAAAAAAAGAAAAAUGUUGUUAAGACCUUUGGUCAUGAAGAGAGGUUUGAUCCACAGAAGGAAGCCGAUGUACCUUUACCUCCAGUCAGAAAAUCUGCUUUGUAUGAUGAAUUAUCAAAAAAGGGUGCAGACUUUGCUGGCUCUUCAGCUUUCCCCACAUACCAAACAGUACUAUCGCAGACUUAUAAGCUUGUUGCAGCUAUAGACUUUGGGACAACAUAUUCUGGAUAUGCCUUUUCUUGGAAAAAAGAUCCUGCCAAUUUUGUCACCCUUAAAAGCUCAAGCUCAGACAAGCUUUCAGAGAAAGAGCCAUCAGUUCUACUUAUGGACAGGUCUGAGCACCUAGUUGAUUUUGGACAGGAAGCGGUGUUGAAGUACAAAGAAUUUUGUGAAGAAAAGUUACAGCAAGAUUAUUUCUACUUUAGCAAUUUUAAGAUGACUCUUCACAGAAAUGAGAAUCUUAGCAGAAAAACAAUCAUUCAGGAUGAUAAAGGCAGGGAGUGCUUGGCAGUGACGGUAUUUUCCUUGUCCAUCAAGUACUUCAAGGAGAGGCUUUUGCAUCAGCUUGAUAAAUCAAAGGACCACUGCUCUAAUGAAGAUAUUCGCUGGGUGUUAACUGUCCCAGCAAUUUGGGGUGAACAAGCAAAGCAGUUGAUGCAAGAAAGUGCUGAAAUGGCUGGAAUCUCUCAACAUAAGUUGAUGCUUGCCUUAGAGCCAGAAGUAGCUGCUGUGUUUGUGAAAGAGAUCCAGAUAGAGCGACAGGCAGACGAGUUGUCAAAGUACAGACCAGGAAAGAAAUUCCUUGUCAUGGAUCUUGGAGGGGGAACAGCUGACCUGACAGCAAUGGAGGUUGUGGAUGAUGGCUCCUUGAAACAGCUUCACCGUGCCUGUGGGGGGGACUGGGGAGGAAACAAGGUCAAUGACAACUUCUUCAAAUUUCUGGGGAGCGUAUUUGGGCAUUCUGUCAUAAAAGAAUGUGAAGAACGUUACCGAUCUGAUUUCCUCGAUUUGCAAAAAGAAAUUGAGGUUAUGAAAAGGAAAUUUGGCAAAGGUGACUACAUGUAUAACUCACCUCCGAAAUUUCAAAUUCCUUACAUGUACCAAACAUUCAUAAAAGAACAUCACAAAAUGGAGCUAAAAGCAAUAGUUGCUAACUCAGAAUUUUCUCAAGAUGCCUUUUUGAGUGAUAAUGGCAAGCUUAAGUUGUCUGCAAAAUUGAUAGAAACCUUACUGUUCAAUCCAGUGGUCAAUUGCAUCAAACAAGAAACAGAAAAUGUCUUGCAUGAACUGAGAGGUCAGAUCCAAGAUAUAAUGAUGGUGGGUGGAUUCUCUGAGUCUGAAUUUGUCUAUCAGACAAUCAAGGAAUCCUUCCCUCGUACGAAGCUCCUCAGAGCUAAUGAAGCAGGGUUGGCUGUUUUGAAAGGAGCUGUGUUAUAUGGACACAGUCCUGGUGUUAUAUCAUCUAGGAGAUGUGCCUUUACCUAUGGGGUGGGGCUUUACCGAGUAUUUUUGAAAGGUCAUGACCCUGAGGAUUUGAAGUGCAAGAUUCAAGGGGAGGACAAUAUUCCUGUAUUUGUUAAAAUGGUAACUGUUGGUGAUGAAGUUGGAAUUGGGGAGACUUUUGACCUAGAUGAAGAAAUUUUCCCUGUGAAAAAAGAUGCACCUCAGAUGUCAUUCAAGAUAUAUAGAUCUGCUUUGGAUAAUCCAGUUUAUAUUGACGAAUCAAGCAUUCAAAUUGGUAAGCUGACAGUGAAGAACAUCACCAGUAGUGUGAGGAUUUCUCUGUGCUUUGGACUGACACAGAUCACAGUGAUGGCAGUGAACACUGACACCAAAGAAAACGCAAUAGCUGAACUAGACCUUCUGGGCGAGCUCUAGCUCAGGAGUGUUAAGCUCAGUCUGGUCAAAAAUCGUCAUUUCCCCCUUUUCUUAUUAUAAGGUUAAAGGGGUUGGGGGAGGGGAGGCUUGUUUUAAGCAGUUUGUUUUGAUUAUUGGUGCUCAAGAAUGUUGACAAUUUAUGCCAUUUUCAAGAGAGACUUGUAUCUUAUUGAAUAUGCAGAAUACACGUGAAUUGAAAGCAAUUUAUUUUACCUUAGGGCAUAAAAAAGUUUAACAAACCUAUGUUUUCUCUCUUUUUUUUUUUAAAAGACUGUUAUUUUUUUGAGAGUUUAUGUUCCAUUAUUUGUUUAAUGAAAUGCACAAUUGUAAUGAUACUGAUUAUUUGACAUUUGUUUUCUAUGAUCCGAUUUCAUUUUCAUCUAUACAGGUGCAGCUUUUCAUACAUAUCUUUGAGAUAAUAAGUCUAUGAAAAUUAUCAACUUGUUUCCAAGUUGUAUGUACAUUAUCAAGCAUUGGUUUCAAUGCUUUCUUAGAAUUGUUAUGGUAUUGUAUGUUUCUCUUUAAGACAAAUAUCUCAUAUUUUAAAUGAAUUUUCUCUUCUUUUUUUUUAAAUAAUAACAAUAAAAGUGUCUGAUAAUCGA